AAGUAAAGUGUUGUCCGGGCCCGUGCGUGGUGUGUGUGGGUGCGCAGAGUGUUGAGCAGGGGCCUGCACAGACAGUGGAUACCCUGUAUGCCCCGUGAACCAGGCGACAAAAUAAUAUCACGUGAUCCAAAAUGGGCUGUCCUCUGACGGUGCUGAAAAAAGCCAUUUUCUGGCGCUGCUGCAAAUUCUGUCCAAGUCCAAAUAAUUUACCUGGAUCGUGUUUGGGAGGAGAGGGAAACUUUGAUGUGUAAUCAGGUAGGAACCGAUCGCUGUUUAUCGGGCGCGACGCUCCGCUGUUUGCUGAGGCGCAACACAAAGUGCACGGUGUCACAUUUUCAGUCUCUCUCUUGUUCGCCUCCUGAUACAGCCCUGUCAGUGAAUUUAAGAUGGCUGCUUUGUGUACCAGUGUGAGUUUGUGUGGCUCUGCACCCCCCUCAGUGUUGCUGUUUUCACUGGAUGUGUUUGGUCGUGGCUCUCGGUCGGAGCUCCGGAGAAAUGGAAACGCUCUUUGUUGGUCCGCUGGUGGAGGAGCAGAGCUGAUGCACAAGAUGAGGCCACACAGGGGCUAUUGAAUAGUCGGCUGCUGUGUACCAGCACAUAGCCCUGCAUUCAGCUGCACGGCUCCUGCUUUCUGCCUUAUUUCUCGUUCCAACAUGUCAUUACACUCGUAUUUGUUGGCCAUCAGUUCUUUGUUGUGGUUUCACAACCUGCUGUCCCAAGGACGAGCUGCAGACAUUGUCUGAUGGAGCUCUGAGGCUGCACUCAUUCACCAUAUAUCUGUCCAGAUGGAUAAAAUGCAGCCAAACCGGAUUAAAAUCACAGAUCUGAAUCCACACCUCACAUGCCCACUGUGCGCUGGUUACUUAGUUGAUGCUACCACCAUCGUAGAGUGCCUGCACUCCUUUUGUAAAACAUGCAUCGUUGCCUUUCUGGAGACAAAUAAGUUCUGUCCUCGAUGUGACGUCCAGGUUCAUAAGACAUGUCCACAGCUCAGCAUCAGAGCGGACAAAACUCUACAAGAUAUAGUUUAUAAGCUUGUUCCAGGGUUAUUCAAAGAUGAGAUGAAGCGGAGGCGGGACUUCUACGCAGAGAACCGCGUUCUGGAACCGGGAGAAGUCGUGGAGACGUUUAACAUAGCAGAGGACGAAAUCAUCAGUCUGUCCAUACAGUUCUACGAGAGGAACAAAAACAAUGAGAGGCAGCGUGCAGAGCUGGAUGGAGACAAGUCCAACGGUAAACGCUUCCUGCAGUGCCCGGCAGCCAUGUCCGUCAUGCACUUAGCAAAGUUCCUCAGGAGCAAGAUGGAUAUACCCAGCAACUACAGGGUGGAGGUGUUGUACGGGGACGAGCCCCUGAAGGACUACUACACACUAAUGGAUAUUGCUUACUUCUACGAGUGGAGACGAACCGGACCCAUCCCCCUGCAGUAUCUGGUCAAACCCACCCGGAAGCGCAGGAGGGCGUCCCAGUCCGCCGCCCAGGGCCACUCCGACGGUGUCAACACCAGUCCGACGUCAGAGAGCGACUCCCAGAGCGACAAAGUCCACAGUCCCGCCGCAGCCCAGCCGCCCCGAGCCUCCACGCAGUCCAGCCCCGUGUCCCACAACCUCCCCCCAGCCAUCCAAAGCUCCAACGGUACCACCGUGCCCAACAACACUCAGCGACACACUCACGCCUCCAAACAGGGCGCCAACGCUCGGAAGGUGACUGUCAACGGUACGAGCCCAGGGGCCAGCAAAGAGGAAGCGAGGGGCGGAGAUAAAAGCGCUUUGCCCCCUACGACCUAAUACGCUCUCACAGGGGAGGACCGCAGGGAGGACAGUGUUUGAAUUGCUCCCUUUUCUUUCUACAGAGCAAAAAGAGGAAAAAAAAAAAGACGAACUCGAGCCUCCUUCCUUCUGGACGGACGUGAGGCAAAUUACUGUUAUCAUUAUUUCAGCAGGAAAAGACUGAAAAGUGCAGCCAAAUAGACACUUGUACGUAUGUGUGUGUGUGUGUGCGUGUGCGUGUGUGCGUUUAUGUGUGUUAGACUAGAAACAGUGCACACAUACAGACUGUACAGUAUGUAUCAAAUGUGAGCAUGUGUGCAUACAUAUGUAUAAACUUAUCUUUUAUACAAGAUAUUGUAAUCGUUUUGUAUUGUAUAUGCAGUGGGUCUGUUUCAUUUCAUAGUCCUAUCAACUUUAUUUUUUUUGAUUUGGCUUCCAUAAAACGACAAAAUGCUGAAAAGCGUUGCAGUGCGAAUCACUGCGGAAGUUGGAUGUAAAAAAAAGAAAGAAAAAAAAGUAGAAAAAAAGCUGAUUUUUUUUUUUGCCCUUUGGACGGUCAUUUUAGUAACUGCUGUAUAAGUGUCCAGUAUAAGCAACGCCGCUCAUCAGGUGACAACCGUACAUUACAUAAAACUGUUGAUGCACUUUCUUUCUGUAAGGUCAGAUCACACAAUGCAAACCGUCAAGUAUUUUUUUUUCCCAAACCGGAGAAGAGAGAAACAUUUCCUAAAUAAAUUUCCAAGCACUACCAAGCUCACAAGCAGAUGUUUGUCAGCAGACCACGUACCUUCUCUCAUGGCAGUCGGAAGAACUCAAAAGGGAUUUGAAUAUUUGGCCAUUUAUGUUGUAGUUCCAUAAAAAAAAUAUUUCAACAUUCCUUUUGUUUCUGUUCAACGAUGAUACUUUUUUUUUUUUUUUUUAAA